AUGGCUCCAAGAACGCCAAAACGGCGCACCGUUCAGCAUUUCACGCACAGCCAUCAACUGACGGAAUUUAACAGCCUCGGCGACUUCAUCUGCGACGGAUGCAAAACCUACGGCUCAGGCAAAACCUAUCGCUGCGAACCGUGCAACUACGACCUCCACGAAUACUGUGCCACGUGUCCCCUCACCCUCCCGACCUUCAUCCAUCCCCAGCACGAGCUCAGCCUCGUCGUCCGCAAACAACAGUCCACGCGCCAGAACGAGCGCACGUGCGACAUCUGCGACGAGUCGGUCGAGGGUUUGUUCUACCGAUGCAAGAUCUGCGAGUUCGACGUGCACCCGCUCUGCACGCAGCUUCCUCAGCACGUGAGGCACGUGCUUCAUCCUGCUCAUCACCUGGAGUUUCGCCUCGGAGGAGCUAGCCCGUGUAUGGUCUGUCAAGGACCGUGCCAAUCUUGGAGGUAUAGGUGUGAGUUAUGUAGGUUCGAUAUUCAUAUGGAGUGUAUCUUAGCCGUGUGCGACACGUCACCUUCUGACCAGACUGAAGCAUCUGGUGCUAAAAGCAGAGGGCUCAAGCCACAGGUAGGACGACAACCAUCAUCAUCGGCUCCGUGGCAACAACCGCAUGUCGUUGGUUACCCUUACGCGUAUGGACCGAUGGGUCAACAGCCGCAUUUUGGCUACCCUUAUGCGCAACAACCUUAUUAUCCUCAUAAUUUUAAUUACAUGAACGGGUUCAAUAUGAAUCCGGGUCAAGUACCAGCGACUGGACCGGGUCAAAAACCGAGUCCGGGUAAAGGCUGGAGAAUGUUUAAUAUUGCAUCGAGGCUAACAAUUGGGGUGGUUUCUAAUGCCCUGUUUGGGAUUUCCAUUGAAAGUCUCUUUGCGUGA